UAUGGCAACCGCUUGCUCAACAAUCGUUCGAGGAAGGAACAGGAUAAACUUCGCGUUGAGUUGGAUUUCUCAUGGCAAUAUGGCAUGAAUUGUUUGGUGGUAGGAUGUUUUCACUUCUUAGUCAAGGAUAUGGCACAUAUGAUGGAAAAGCUAAAAAAGACGCUCAAGAAACCCGCGAACACAAGGAGUACUUCUCUCUGGAGGAUCUUCACCUACCACCAAUUGGAUCUAACUACCAAGCCCUGGCCCAAAGAGAUACUGGUGAAUAUUACUCAGGACCAAGAUAUGAAAACAAGCCUUUUACACUACCAAAAGUGGAAGACACAAGGCACAAUCUAAGAAAUGUUCCAAAAACAUACACCACUAGAAAAGGAGCAUUGCUUCUGUAUGCUGAGGAUUUCUUUAUACCAGGAUCACCAAAACCAAGAAAGCGCAGACGGAAGUUUAAAAAGCAGCCAACCAUGAAGCUCAAAACAAUUGGUGAUUUGAGGAAUUCCAUAUUGGACUACAGGAAUGGGGGUGAUCCCCUGUUUCUUGCACUUCUUGAGAAAAGGGUGAGUGGCCACAAAGAGCAAUCAGUAAGACCAGGCUUUUCACCAAAACGUUACAUUGCUACUCUUGGAAAUUCACUAGAAGAGGACACUUGGAAUCGUUUAGCAGCAACAGGAUCAUUUAAGGACCCCUCUUUGUUGACUCAUGUCCCACAAAGGACUCCCAUGCAUGGUGAAGCUGUUUGUAGUCUUUUUCCAGGGAAACCACAACCUUAUAGCACAAUGUCACUACCUCCUAUUUCUCCAUCAAGUUCAAUGCUUGAAAGCUCCUUUCAUUUUUAUAAGAAUGGAAUGUCAACUGGUGCUGCAUCAAUGAUCUCUUUAAACAGUGAAAGCGAAGAAUAUGCACCAUCCUCAAGGGCUUUAAGUCCAGCAGAAUCACUGAAUGAUCGUCUGUCAGAGGUUGAGUUCCUACCCCAAAGAAAAGACCAAUAUACACAGUUAAACUCCACACAAAAAGAGAAUCUUUUAUCUCAACUUUUGCUUCAAAGAACUUUAGAGUCAAUGAAUUCUGAUUUGUCAGACCUCCAAGGAUGGGUAACAAGUUAUCCAGAAACUGGGGGAGGAAUGGAAAAGGAUCCUGUCUCUGUAGCAACAUUGUCAAAAAGUAAAGCCAAACACAGAGGAAGCCUGAAAUCAGGGUCUUUGUCUUCCAUACCACGUUUGCCACCCAUACAGUCUGCAGGUGCUCGACCAUCAACACCAAUUGAAUUUAAAGAAGAAGAAUCACCUUUGCCAGAAACAUCAGUGGAACAAACUAUUCAUCAACAACUAGAUAUUACCACUGAAAAAGAUGGAGCUAAUGACAUUGUUGAUCCUAGUUCUGUCCAUUUGGAUUUAAGUUCCUUCCUAGCCGAUGAAAGUACUCCUUUUGUUAAUCAGGGAGACCUUCAAGGAAGAUCCCAAAGUGAUGGGGAUAUAAAUUAUUCUGAAGAAACUACAGCAGAUAUUAAGGAUAAUAUGAAACAUGUAGACCAGACUGAUAAUGCCAAUCAAUCAGUGACCAGUAGGAAAAGCAGUGAAGGUACCAUCUCAGAAUCAGUAACACCCAGUGACCCUGGGAUUGAAGGAAAACCAAACAGACAGAGAGAGAAUUCUGGCUGUGAAAAUUCAGUGGAAGAUCAAGUGACAAUAACAAAUGAUGUGAUCGCACUUGAUGACAUUGUACUGAGUGAGGACACUAUCUUUGAUAGAAGGCUAAUUACUCAAGAAGAAGAGAUUAAACGUGAUCAUAAACAGACAUUAGAAAAUGUGGACCAAACAGAAGAACCUACAGGUGAUGACAGUCAGCCACAGGUGCAGAAGAUGGAGAGGGCCGAGUUAGAUCAUACACAUACAGAAGCUGGUGAGAAGGAUGAAGGAAUUGGAAUUGAUGAAGGUGUUGUUGACAGGGGUGAAAAAAUGGGAGUUGCAGAUGACGAUUUGGCAAUUACUGAUAAAGGCAUCCAAGCCAGCCAGGAGAGCAACUCAUUGCCACCAGUUGAACCUCCUCCACCGCUAAGCUUGGGGGAACUUCAGGAGGAGGCUCAAACUGUGGCCAGUAAAGUUCUUAGUCGUCCACAAUCAGGAAUGGUAUUCAUGGAGGACAUAAAGGCUGCCAUUGCAAUGUGGGCUGAUCGCCUAACGCACCUUUUAGGACCCCCUCGACGAGCGACGCGUGUGAGCUCUGCCAACCAUCAAAGACAGCAUUCAACACACCUGACUGCAAAGGAAGGCUCACUUCGCCUUGUAAGGCAUCGCAAGUUAAGCAGAUCGGCAGGUCCUUCACCUGCAGCUCUACGAGAGGCACUUAGGAUUUCCGGAGGUGAAGUGAUGGAAAUAGAGGCUCUAAAAAACUUGCCACCAAUCCCCAAACGAUUGAGCAAGACUGGCCAGUCGCAGCCUCCUGGCCCAGAUACCAAUGUGUAUAAAUACUACGAAAAACUCAAAGAUGGAUCCGCAUCAACCAAGCGAUCUGGUUCAUCUAAUACAGCUCAAUCGAUUCCCUGGGAACGGGUUUCUAAUGCUGACGUGCAAGUUGACGUUUUCAGUUAUGCUACUAAAGAAGAAGAGCCCAGCUUUCAUAGAGUUUUGUUUAAUGAAAUCAAUGACGAAGAAUCAGAUGACGAGAAUAAAGAAUUCAAAACAGCUUUGGAUGCUGUUGUAACAGAAGUGAAACAGGAAUAUGCUUUGAUCGAAGCAAAGUCAAGAAUGGCGACGUCGUCCCCAAAGAAAGAGCAAAAGCCAUUUCAGUUUCCCCGCCCAGCAGAAUCUAAGCCGCCAGCUGGUCUCAAAAACAAACAAACACAAAGACAAGUCAAAGGGAAAGCCAAGACAGUGACAGCUAAGAAACAACCCUUGGGAAAAAAGAAGGCAGGCAAGAAACCAACAAAACAACCAUCUAAAGCCUCAAAUAAAACUUCGAAAACAGGGAAAGGGAAAGAAGAGACACAGAAAAAAGAUCAGCAGGAGAAUCAAGAAAAAGUUAGUAACGCAACAGUAACGGAAGGAGAGAAGCCUGAACCUUUAAGAGUUGACUCAGAAACAGGUGAACAUGAAGUGGAAACAUCACAAAGAACUGUCGUCUCGUCAGCUCUUUCAUUUUCCAGAGCUUCCUCUAAAGCUUCCGAUAAAUUAAGCGAAAAGAAAACUUCAGAUUCACCCUCAGAACCAAACACUACGCCGAUUGUUGAGGUCCCUUUCCUGGCACCAAAAGCUCCUGAGCCUCAAGAUAUUCAACAGGAACCAGAACCGGAACCAGGAGGAGAGAGAACGCCCGAGCCAGAGGAGCAGAAACCCACACAGGAGUCAAGAGCAGCCAGAAGGGCGGCAGAACGAGCGGCAGCCGCAGAAAGAAGACGCCAAGAUGUCGAACGCAAGAGAAGGGAGAGGGAAGAGGCCAAGAAAAGAGCAGCUGAGGAGGAGACUCGAUUACAACAACUUAGGUUAGAGGCUGAAGAAGAAGUGAAGAAAAGGGAAGAAGAGCUUAGGCGAAGACGUGAGGCAAAAGAAGAAGCAAAACGGCGGGAACAGGAAAAGGUGAUGGAGCAAGAGCGACUAGCGAGUAUUAAGGCUGAAAGAGAACGUCGCGCAAAGGAAGACUGGAAGAAACGACAACAACAGGUACUCGCACAGAGAAAACUCGAAGAGGAAUUGCGUAAAGAACAAGAGAAAAUAGAGGCCGAACUUGAAGCUGCACGGCUAAGGGAAGAAGAAGAGAGAAUUAAAGCUAUGGAGGAGUCAGAGAGGAUAGCGUUCCUAGAGAAAAUGCGUCAAGAGGAAGAAGAACUGAGACGGCGACUGGAAGAGCAGAGAAGAAAGGAAGAGCACGAAAGAAAGAUUCGAGAAGAAGAGAGAAAACAACGAGAGGACGCUCUGGCGUUACUGCGGCAAAAGCAGCUACAAAGACAUUUGUUUAUAGCAGGAAUUCUCAAAGAAAGUCACUACUUCUCAUUGUCCCAACGAUUAACGAAGGCGUUUACGUUUUCAUACUUUGAUCUUAUUCCAUGGAAUCAUUUACAGCAUUUAAAACCGCCGCCGUCCCCAGUCCGAGACCUUCUUCACUCGGUAAGAGACAAUAUUCCUCCGACAAUACUGGAAGAAGACGAAGAGACGGAAGAUUAACAUAUCGGUAAUUAUUAGUCCUCAAGGUAGUGUUAAUAACAAAGAAAUUUGUGAAGUUAUAGGUAUUGAAAUUGAAUUUUUGAAAGCUUCAUUGACCAUGUCUGUUCAUUGCGUUUAAUCGAAGAUCAAAUGUAACGAUUACAAUAGAUGGUAAAGAAGAA